UAUGGAGGAGCUCAUAUUCACCUCCCGCCCUCCCUUACCUCAUCUCUCACAUAGCACUUUCUAGGGUUUUAUCAUUUCCUAUACAUUUACCCUAGGAUUUGCUUCUAUUCUUCCCUCUCGGUUUUCUUUUUUCUUUUUUCAUUGGGGGUAUUUCUAAGUGACUCAAUCACAAGCUUCAUGUUCACCUCAGGUAUAUUAUCAUCUAUAAUUUGCUUUGCCAAAUUAGCCAAAUGGGGUUAAAAGUUUCAAAGCAAGGGCCAGGGCAGGAUGAAGAACUUACCAUACAGCAUCAUCUGAUUAAUUAUAUCAGCACAAGUUGUUACAUCCGUAACAUGGUAUCUAAGCAACGAAGGCGCAUGCUUGUUGCUGGUUAUGAUCUUGACAUGUCAUAUAUCACAGAUCGUGUGCUUGCAAUGUCAUUCCCUGCAGAACGUAUGCGAGCAAUGUUUCGUAAUCCUCUUUGGCAGGUCAAGUCUGUGCUGGACAUGACACAUCAGGGUCAUUAUAAGAUUUACAAUCUUUGUAUAGAAGAAACUUACGAUCCAUCAAAUUUUGAUGGCCGAGUGGAGUUAUAUCCUUUUGAUGACAACCAUGUUCCCCCUCUCCAACUGAUCAAGAUUUUCUGUGAAAGUGUACAUUCAUGGCUAUCAAGUGAUCCAAAAAAUAUUGUGGCUGUACACUGCAUGGCAGGCAAAGGUCGAACAGGCUUAAUGGUAUGUGCCUAUCUAGUGUACACUGGCAUGACUGGAGAUGCAGCUCUUCAGUUAUAUGCAGAUAGACGGACCACCAAUAAUGAAGGAGUCUCGAUACCAAGCCAACGCCGUUAUGUGGGAUACUGGGAGAGUAUACUUUCACCUCCUGGGGGAAAUACUAAUGGACUGCCAGAUGUGAAUUUGCCUAAACCAUGUAGCAGAGAAUUGUGGCGGAUUCGACUUUAUGACAUGGUUAAUGUUGACACAGUCUUCUUUGUGGUCUCAGAAAUGCAAGAGAUACCCAAUCAGCUGUACCGUCCAUCUGUGGAAGUUUUACGGAGUAGCUGCAGACAAGUUAAGAAGGGUUAUCAAAGAGGUAGCAGUCCACGGUAUUAUCUAUCCUUCAUUGGAGGUGAUGAAGAAGAAAAGGAAUUGGAGUUAAAAGAACCAAAUCGUGUAGUCCAAAUGGACACUGAAAAUGCCAUAAUCUACCAGAAAACAUGCCUUGACCAUUAUUUCGUUCAACCUUUACGUGUUACCGGUGAUGUGCGCGUCAUAUUCUACGAAAAAAUGUUUGGAGGUCGACUUUUCUAUUGUUGCUUCAAUACAGCUUUUAUUAGGAGCAGCUUGUUACAGCUCACUAUGGGGGAAUUGGAUAAAGUUGGGAAAAAAGGAAGAUCAAUAUGUGGGCCUGAUUUCUGCUUGGAGUUGCUAUUUGGUCCAGCUAAUGCAAAGCACUCAUUACGUUCUUCAUCUGAUGAAGAUGUUGCAAGUAAUGACUAGUUUUGAAAUCUUUACAGAGAUUUGUUUAAAAGAGAUCACAUUGGUUCAUUUUUACAAUUUCUUUAAAACAAGAAAAAAAAAA